AUCGCGGUGCCAGGGCUCUCACACACAGCAAAAAAUGUCUGCCUAAGGGGAACUAACUGGUACAAAUUCAGCAUAUUCCCUCUGCUCUUGUAGUUUAAAGGCACAUUUUACGCGUUUCGAGGCACUCCGCAAGAAGGCAAAUCCUUACCAGAUCACCCUAGUUGGAAUUUUACCCGGAAAAAAAGGUCUCAAGCCCGCCAGGAUGAUUCCACAGCAGCGGAUUGCCGCUCUUGGAACUGACAAGGAGUUAAGCGACCUGCUGGAUUUUAGUGCAAUGUUUUCUCCACCUGUCAACAGAGGGAAGAACAGGCCAACAACACUCGGUAGCAGCAAGUUUAGUGCAGCAGGUUUGGAUGAGCGGACCAACCAAGCAUCUUGGGCUGCAGGUGGCGAGUCGAGUCCUUCGUACGAGCCCUCACGGGCUUUCACAGACAGCCCUCAUUAUGGCGAUCCUUUGAGUGACAGUCGAUUAGUAUGCCAUGAAGGAUUGUCCCCAACACCUUUUAUGAACUCCAACAUAAUGGGAAAAUCAGAGAGGGCUUCAUUUCAUGGUUUUGGGAGGGAUCCUGGAGCGUCAGGGUGCCAGUCGUCUGUCCGCUCGGAUGUAGGACUGGCAAGUCCUAGUUCAGGGACAACGUCGACAAAGUCAUCAGCUCCGUUUUAUUCAUUCAGCACAGCCAAUCCCAGAAGACGCUCUUUACAGGAUCCUUUACCUGUUGAUCCUCUACAAACAAAAAAGGUUCGCAAGGUCCCUCCUGGCUUGCCUUCAUCUGUGUACGCGCCAUCUCCAAACUCAGAUGACUUUAACAGAGAUUCACCCUCCUACUCUUCUCCUAAGCCCUCAAGCAGUAUGUUUGCCAGCACUUUCUUUGAUGGUACCCACAGUUCAUCUGACCCAUGGAACUCCACCAAUGGGAUUAGUCAGCCCGGCUAUGAAGGAAUGCUCACAGGCUCUUCGUCUCACAUGCCACAGUCGGGAAACUACAGCAGCCUGCACUCACAUGACCGUCUGAACUACCCAGCACACUCCGUUUCCCCAGACGUCAAUGCCAGCCUUCCUCCCAUGUCCAGCUUCCAUAGAAGCAACACAACCACCUCACCAUUCGUCUCUGCAACACACACCCCGACGGUCAACAACGUAGACGGUGUCAUGGCUGCUGCAAAUCGGGGGAAUGCCACUGGAAGCUCGCGGACUGGAGACGCACUUGGCAAGGCUUUGGCCUCGAUUUACUCACCUGACCACACGAGCAGUAGUUUUCCCUCUAACCCUUCGACACCUGUGGGUUCUCUUUCACCUCUCACAGCCACAGCAGGCGCUGGCUCAACAGGGACUGUGGUGACGGCUUCCGGCAACGCGUCUGGAAGGCCAGGCACAAACCAGUGGCCUCGUGUUAGUGGACAGACCCCAUCUUCUCCAAAUUAUGAGAAUUCGCUUCACUCACUGAAAAACAGAGUUCAUCAGCAGUUACAUGAGCAUCUUCAGGAUGCCAUGUCUUUCUUAAAGGAUGUCUGCGAGUCUCGAAUGGAAGAUCGCCUGGACCGUUUAGAUGAUGCAAUCCUUGUUCUGAGGAACCAUGCAGUGGGCUCCACUGCUAGUUUACCUAGCGACAUCCACAGUUUGCUAGGACAAGCACAAAAUGGGCCAAUCUCAGCCAUUGGAACAAGUUUUCCUGCUUCUGCGUUGGCUGCAUGUCGAACAGCCGCCAUGAGUUCUUCUCAUGCUGACAACGCUGCUGGUCUGAACAGCCAUGGAAGCCUGCAAAGCGGUGGCUCCACAUCCAACACUGAACUCAACCAUCAAGUGGAAACUUUCAGAGGUUUGGCGGGACAGGUGGCCGCCGCAUUGGAGCUGAAGUUGGAGAAGCACGACAGGGAUGAAAUGAAUGAUUCCCUUUCGGGCGACGAUAAGUCAGACGAUGAGAGCGACAGACGAGACCUAAAAACACCUCGGGGUAGCACGCGCACAAGUAUCACGGAGGACGAAGACCUCAAUCCGGAGCAGAAGGCAGAGCGGGAACGAGAGAGGAGGAUGGCCAACAACGCCCGGGAACGCUUGCGGGUUCGAGACAUCAACGAAGCCUUCAAGGAGCUAGGUCGCAUGUGCCAGUUGCACCUGAAGAGCGAGAAGCCUCAGACAAAGCUGCUCAUCCUCCAUCAGGCCGUGGCUGUCAUCCUUAGCCUGGAGCAACAAGUCAGAGAGCGGAAUCUGAACCCCAAAGCUGCCUGCCUUAAGAGAAGAGAGGAGGAAAAAGUGUCUGGCGGCUCCAGUGAAAGCCAACAAGGUCACACGGGUGUCCACCCAGGUUUGACUGAUGCAUCCAACCCCAUGGGCCACCUUUGAGGCGCUGACAGAACAAAGACAUCCCAAACAUUUAGUCCCGUCCGUGCGAUGGCGACCUGGCCUCCCAGUGACAAGGGGUGGGACUGAGGGGCGCUCACGCUCUGUUAUGCCACUUUGGAGGGUGACAGACCACCUGAGGCGAAACCACAAGACUAACACAAUCCAGUCCCGUGACUGACCAGGAGCCCAGCGGUCCAUGUGCAAAUUAGUCCCCUAAAACCCAGCACAUAUCACACAUAUCUGCAUGGAGCGUGUUGCUUCUGAACAAUCAGAGACUUUGCAAUCUCCUCCGACUCCAUGUUGAAGUUGUCCCGUGCCUAAGCUCCAUUGACAAAUGCAUUGUAAUAGAAACCUUUUUUUUCCUUUCUAUUUAUUAUGUUAAUGAGCUCAACAUGUAUGUCUCAAGGGGAAUUGUGUACCGUUUCAAAGAGAUAUGAGCUUUUCAGAUGACCUAUGAGUUUGACAGUGUCAUUUUUAACCAACAAAUCGCUCCCGCCUGGUAAGUCUAUGGUGAAAUGAGGGCGGAAAUUAAUUUAUGGCCUUUUUCAAGGCAUGUUUGUACAAAAUAAGAAAUGAGCAAAAUACUAAAGCCCCUCCCUCCAAAAAGAGAGGAUCUAUUUAUUUUUAUAUUUUCUGCAUUUUUACACCUCACACAAGUUUGUUUGUUUAGUUUAGAUCAGGUUGCAUGUGCAGACUAAUGGCAAACUCUAGUUUCACUGAAAGCUGCCAUUUAAUCAUCAAACUAGAGAAUAUUUCCUUAAGGGGGGAAAACUACACACCAGAUCUUAGCAUUCCCUGUAUAGUCAUCCCUUGCCACAUCGUGUGUCACCACAUUACAGAUUUUUUAAAGUAUAUUCUAAAAAGGAUUUGUCCUAAAUUAAACAUUUUCAAGCAUACAAAAAUAUUAAUAAACUAAAAAUAUCAAUAUUACAGUAUUAUUGGCCACUAGAUCAGACUAAUCCAAUGAGAGCAUGCAGUUCAGUAUUGUGGCCACUUAUUGGCUCAUUCUCAGGAAGCAUUUCUAUAUUGGAUUAAAAGCGUGUGAAGGUAAGAAAAGGGUGGUAUUUCAUGUCGGAGGUCGUACGCAGUUGUUUUGCUCGAGCUAUGAAAAUAUUUGAUUUAUAAUAAAUGAUUCCUACUUAUAGGCUCCACCUAAGCGGUAUAGAAAAUGGAUGGCUGUAUGGAUGAUUCCUACUUAGCAGAAAUUCAUUUAUCACAGUCAUGUACAGAACCAAUUAACAGUGAUAAACAAGGGAGGACUGUUUAUGUCUACUCUAGUGCUUAGGUCUUCAACAGGGGUCUGGGACCCUUAGGGCAGUGGUUCUCAUGCCUUUUAUCAGGGAUGUACCCCCUAUAAACAUUUUUUUAAUUCAAGUACCCCCUAAUUAGAGCAAAGCAUUUUUUGUAGAAAAAAAGAGAUAAAAAAGUAAAAUACAGCACUAUGUGAUCAGUUUCUGAUUUCUUAAAUUGUAUAACAGUGCAAAAUAUUGCUCAUUUGUAGUGGUCUUUCUUGAACUAUUUGGAAAAAAAGAUAUAAAAAUAACUAAAAACUUGUUGAAAAAUAAGUGAUUCAAUUAUAAAUAAAGAUUUCUACACAUAGAAGUAAUCAUCAACUUAAAAGUGCCCUCUUUGGGGAUUGUAAUAGAGAUCCAUCUGGAUUCAUGAACUUAAUUUUAAACUUUUCUUCAUAAAAAAAGAAAUCUUUAACAUCAAUAUUUAUGGAACAUGUCCACAAAAAAAUCUAGCUGUCAACACUGAAUAUUGCAUUGUUGCAUUUCUUUUCACAGUUUAUGAACUUACAUUCAUAUUUUGUUGAAGUAUUAUUCAAUAAAUAUAUUUAUAAAGGAUUUUUGAAUUAUUGCUAUUUUUUAGAAUAUUUAGAAAAAAUCCCACAAACCACUUGGCAUACCUUUAAGUACCCACUGGGGUACUCGUGCCCCCAUUUGAGAACCACUGCCCUAGGGGUUCCACGAAAGUAUCUGCAAGGGGAUCUUGAAAUUCCACAAAUUAGAAUGUCUUUAAAGAAACUUUAACUUUGAUUAAGUAACAAACACAUUAAACAACACAUAAAAUUUUUUGAGCAGGUUUAUUCACCUGUCCCUCCAACAAGGAUGACCCGCCCCUAUCACUGCUGUGCCAAUCACAAAGCUCUGUCAGGUGCUCCGCUACUGGCUGAGAGCGCAAAGUCAGCAGCUAGUUGAAAUGUUUGGAACAUUUUGUGACACGACCAAAAAACACAAGCAAAGAGGAGAACUACGCCUAUAAAACGAAACCAUUGUGUACAAGAUAUAGGCAUAAAGUGUCCCCUUACUCUCCGUCAGUUUGGGGAUCCUUGGCCUGGAAAAGGUUGAAGACCCCUGUUUUAGUGUCACAGCAAGAAAAGGGCAUGUUUUUGCCAGCGUUCAUGUAAGCAGUGACAUUGAUGUUGUCAGUUCUGAUAUUGACCCAAUUUAUUGUUGUUGUUUUUUAUCUGCAAUCAAUUUACCGGACUGCUUAAAAAAACAAAAACGACGACCACUUUUUCUCCUGGCCUGAUUAUCGCUUUGUCUGAUGACAUCGAAAAGCACGUCCACGUUUGUUUUGUUGGUUGUAAACAAUUCACUUCAUGACUUAUAUUUUGCUACAGUAUAUUCUAUAUCAAUAAGCCAGGCUCCUUUCAUAAAGUUUGCUGGUCAUUUUCAUUGUAAGCACAACAAUGAACAAAAUACGUUUUUUGUCUUUUGGUUAUAGCUUUCUUUUGUUUUUCUUUGUAUACGUGUGCUUGUGUAAUCUUUCUUUUGGUCUUAAGACUUUGUUUUAAAUUCCAUUUAGUUUGUGUGUUUUAUGUAGCUGUCACAUACAUCCCAAACAAGGCUGCCACAUUCACAAUGGAGAAUGUUCUGUGCAAAAAAAAAAAGGGACUCACUUUUGAAUCAAAGACGCCACAGCAAAAGUUUACAUUUGGAAUCUCUUUGUGUUUUGUGUGUGUCCACUCUCUGAAUGUGGCCUUGUUGUACAUUACAGUAUUCACAUGUGUGUGUUCAACUUUAUGGAUAUACAUGUGACUUCCUGCUUCUUUUCUUCUUAUUUCUUUACCAAGUUAGACUUUGCUGUAUUCCAACAUACGUUCCCUUGUAUAAUAUAUAGAAAAGGGAAAAUCGAAAUGAGGAAAGAAAAAAAAAACAUUUGGCUUAUUUUUCAAUGUAGUUUAGUAUUUUAUACAAUAAUACCGUAAGAAUAUUUCUAGAACUCUAAACAUUACUCUUUAUAGAUUUUUUUAAACAGAAGAUUUGAGUAAAAAGUUUCUUACUUUAUUUUACUAUAUUAGAUAGUAAAAUGUACAGUUAUUUACCAUAACCUCUUUGUUAUUACCGGCCGGUUAAAAAGACAGGCUUCGAUUCGAGCCAACCAUCCAUUUACACGUCUCUUAGUUGUUGAUUGAGAACCAUUUUGUGUUCAACUCCAGGGUGUUGCCAAUGCACAUCACAAAAAUUGCGGCAAUGAGAAUUUGAAUUUUCUGUCUUUUUCAACAGAAAAAAUAUGUAUAUAACAUUUAUGUUGCAAUAAAUGUGCCAUCUUUUUUAAAACUAA